AUAAAUUGCAAAUCUAUGCGUGCUAUACAAUUAUUAUCAAAGGUCAUUAAGACAUGUCAUUGCAAUUCUCCUGUGUACAGAAUUGUACCGAACGAGGUUCUCAUGAAUCAUUACGAAUAUUUUGGUCAGUUAAAUUCUACGAAGAUUUUACUUAGAAUGAUGAAAACCUUACAUAAUAACGUUAACGAUACCGUCAAAGAGUCUCUUUACGGUGUAAUAUAUGCAUUUCCGCAAUUGGAAUAUCAAGUAGCUCACAAAGUUGUUCUUAUGCCAAAGCUUCGAGAUCGAAGAAAAGUAUCUCUAAUAUGUGGUGGCGGAAGUGGACAUGAACCUUUUGCAUCAGGUUACGUUGGUAAUGGUAUGUUGGCUGCAGCUGUAGCAGGUUCGAUAUAUUCUGCACCACCAUCGGAACAUGUUUCUUAUGCUAUCAAUCGUGUUUCCGAAUACAAUAAAACUGGUGUCUUAGUAAUCGGUCUGAAUUAUACUGGAGAUUGUCUUAAUUUUGGAAUAGCAGUCGAGAAAGCUAGACAAAAAGGUAUAAAGGUUGCAAAUCUAAAUGUAAACGAAGACUGUAGUAUACCGGAAAAAGAUCAAAGUCGAGCUGGUAAACGUGGUUUAACUGGAGUUGUAUUUGUGAUUAAAAUAGCUGGUGCAUUAGCGGAAGAAGGAUUACCACUUGAAACAGUAUAUAAAACUGCACACGAUGUUUUGGAUAAUUUAGCUACUACUUCGGUUGGAUUGACCGCAUGUGCAAUACCAGGCCAACGUCGAAUGUUCGAACUUGCAGAAGAUGAGAUCGAAGUUGGAAUGGGAAUUCACGGAGAGGCUGGAUAUGAAAAAACGAAAUUAAAACCAUCGUAUGACAUAGCUUCAUUGAUGUUGGACCGCAUAAGCAACGUACUAUCUUUAAAAAGUGGAGAUUCAGUUGCAGUUAUUAUUAAUAAUUUUGGAGCAUUAAGUCAAUUGGAACAAGGAAUAGUAGCUCACGAUGUGGUUAAAGUACUUCGCAAUAUGAAUGUAAAUCCUGUUCGAGUAUAUUGGGGAAUGGUGAUGACAUCAUUAAAUAGCGCUGGAGUACAUGUUACGCUUCUAAAAUUACCUGACAAACAUAAAAGUCUUUUUCUUAAAUGUCUCGAUGCACCAACUGAUGCACCAAAAUGGCCAGGUAGCAAGUUUAGCGUUCCUAUAGAACCAUCAGAACCGAUCAUUCAACAUGAAGUAAUACGAAAAGUAGAUCAAAUUGGUAUAGAAAUUCCUUCAGAUUUACAAGGUUUAUUAAAACAUUGCUUAAAAAAUGCUUGCGAGAAUGCGAUUAAAGAAGAAGAACAUCUAAACGAUUUAGAUAGAGGAUGCGGAGACAGUGAUGCGGGAUCAACACUUAAGAGACUUGCCAUUAGGACUUUGUUAAAUUUAGAUAAAUUACAGUUUUCACAUCCAGCGUCGGCAUUUCUUGAAUUAGCGCAUAUAGCCGAAGAAGAAAUGGGUGGUGCAUCCGGAGCAUUAUAUUGUUUAUUUUUUACUACUAUUAGCACUCAAUUAAUUUCACCUAUAAACAAAAAUUGGACAGAAAUUUGGGCUCAUGCGUUUCGUACCGCUUUAAAUAGUUUAACGCAAUAUGGAAAAGCGAUGCCAGGAGAUAGAUCUUUGAUUGAUCCACUUAAUGCUCUUUGCGAUACUCUUGAUAGAACGGUACACAAACCAUUAGGAGAAAUUUGUGACGCGUUACGUAUAUCAACUUGGCAAGCGUGUGAGGCCACAAAACAUAUGAAACCUAUGGUAGGGCGUGCUAGUUAUGUAAAACAAGCUAAAUAUUUACAAAACGUCGAUGCUGGUGCAUUUGCAGUUGUAACUUGUGUCAAUGCUAUUACAGAUGUACUUAAAAAUUUCCAUUUUUCCAAAUAAUAAUAAUAAUAAUAAUAAUAAUAAUAAUAAUAAUAAUAA